AUGGCACCUUCGCUCUCUGGCCAGAGCUGUAACAUGAAAACACCCGUCCUUGCUGGCAACAGAGCUAAAGUGGGUCUAUUUCAGGUGCUGUACUUCAGGAGGCCGGUGCAUAGAGACAUGACAGAAUGGACGCUGCUCAAGCGGCUGCUGGACGCCGUGCACCAGCACUCCACCAUGAUCGGACGCCUCUGGCUGACGGUCAUGGUGAUCUUCCGCCUGCUCAUCGUGGCUGUGGCGACGGAGGACGUUUAUACGGACGAGCAGGAGAUGUUCGUCUGCAACACCCUUCAACCGGGGUGUCCCAACGUCUGCUACGACGCCUUCGCCCCCAUCUCCCAGCCUCGAUUCUGGGUCUUCCAGAUCAUCACGGUGUCGACGCCUUCCCUCUGCUUCAUCAUCUACACGUGGCACAACUUAUCCAAGCAUCCAGAGGGCGAGCAGGCGAGGGAAGCGUACGGUCGCAGUUGCGACUCGGACAGCUGCUCCAUUAAGUCGCACAAGCACUUGGGUCACAGUCUUGCUGAUGUUCUCGAAGGCAUCGCCAACCAGAGCGGACCGAAAAGCUCACAGGCGCCGCGGGAGGCCGGCGCCCCAUCCAAGAUCCCAGGAGUCCUUUCGAAGUACUACGUCUUCCACGUGUGCUUCCGCACCGUCCUCGAGGUCGCUUUCGUCGUGGCGCAGUGGCUCCUCUUCGGUUUCCACGUUCCGGCUCACUUCGCGUGCACGGCGGCGCCUUGCACACAGAGGGUCGACUGCUACGUCUCCCGUCCCACUGAGAAAACCAUCUUCCUGAUCUUCAUGUUUUGCGUAGGUGUUUUCUGCAUCUUCCUCAACUUCUUAGAGCUCAAUCAUCUGGGCUGGAAAAUGAUCAAGAAGUCAAUGCUCAUCAAGGACAGCUCCUGGAGGGGUUACGGCGCUAUAAACCAAGACUCGCAGUCCAUAGCCUCUCUAACUUUCAGAGACGUGACCAGCACUACUUCGCUUCCAACCCUAGAUUUAGUGGUGGACCACCAGCCUGACUGGACCUGUGUUGGGAACUGCUCGACGAAGAAAGACAAGGACACCUACAGGGGAACGCAAUCGCUCAAGGGGAAAUCGCAGCCAAACAAAGAAAGGAAAUCAAAACAAAGGAGCACUGAGGUUUGGAUAUAA